AUGUCUAGCGCGUUUAGAGAACGGUACCCAAUAUUUUUUCCUGAAAGUUGGAAACUGAGUAACUCAUUCUACAACAUAAAAUACUACACUGAGCAAUGCAAAACAAAGUGCAUCUGCUCUGAAGAGGAGCAAGCGCGUAGACGAAGUUUGUGUAGUUCAUUCCACUUUAGCUGGAAGCUUGAGGAUUAUUAUGAUCUUUUUAUCGUCAAGAAUCGAGUGCUUUGCGAACUUUUUGAAGAAUUAUCAUACCUAUCUUCCAACAACGAUAAAGAAGAAAACAGAUCGCAGCAGCGUGAUAAAAUAAAAGAGGUUAUUAUGGUAUGUGGCCCCUCUCUGGAUGAAAUAAUCCGGUUCUCUUCGGUGGCAUCUUUAUCAUUUUCCCAAAUAGAAAUUGUACUACGAAGAUUUGGAGGUCCGGACCAUAUCAAAAAGAUAAUCUCGACAGAAAUUAGAAAACGGAAACCAAAAUAUUCACCAAUCUUAUCGAAGUCAAUGCUAAAUCGGUUUCAUGGGCCAUUUUCUAGUGUUUAUACUGGUCAUUCAGGAUUGAAACGAACGCCAUUUCUUUUCACAAAUUGUUCUGGUUAUGAGGUUACAAGUCUGUACAAUUAUUUGGACGAUCUAUAUAUGAAAUUGACAUGGAACGAUAAAUCUGCAGAUUUCCAAACCUUACGAUAUGCAAUGAGAAAAACAUAUUUACAAGUUGAAAGUCAUCUGAAAACCCAACGUUAUAUUGAGGCGGCAAAAAAAAAUGUGUACAAAAUAGUAUCCAAUAUUUGUCUUUCUGAAAAUAUGGACAACAGAAAUAGAAUGAGAUUGCAAGAUGUAUUUGCAUAUAACUCAAUGGAUUUUGUAUGGGGUUCUGGGAUAAUUCCCUGUGGUGAUAUCUUCUACACAGGUUUAGAAGCUACCUGGAAGAAUACCUCUGAACAAAUUCAUUACCCUAAUUAUGAGGAAGCUUACAUAUACAGCAAACUAUUGGACUGUGAUACUGAUGUUCGAGAAUACCCGCCAAGAGAGCCGUAUAUGCCUUUAAAGUCGAAUAAUGUGAUUUCAGGUUUGCGGAAAAGAAAGGAACACUCUGUUCAAGAAUAUAUUGUACCAAACGUACAUAACUGGACCAAUGAUGAUCAAAUUAGCACCUAA